AUGGCUGAUCCUGUCCAGAAUUCAACCAAUUCGGAUGGAAAUCUUUUAAUUGCACCACCAGAAACACCUGAAUUUGUACGAGCCAAAUUGGUUCUCCCUUCUUUAAGUAUAAUGGAAUUGCAGCGAUUGAGAGAUGACACACAUUAUGAAAUUGAUCAACGGAAGGAUGAAGAGAAGGCUGAGAAGCAAGCCAAGACCCCAAGGUAUGAAAGUGCAACAGAAAGUGAUUCCAAGGCUUUAAAUGGAGGGGAGUAUGAAGUGGAGGAGGUAAACACCAGUGACCUUGAUUCAGAUGCUGCAGAGGAUAAGAGAAGGAUGAAAUCUUAUCAUGAUGGGAAGACGAGAAGUCGGUUUGAAUAUGAACUUUCCAAUCCCAAGAUUUUUGCACGUACCAUGAGUGAGGGUGAGCCUGUUGGGGUAAGGAUAAGCCGACGAAUGGCUGAUCUCGAUGCUGAGACAACUGAGGAAGAAAGGGAGGAAGGGGAUGAGGAUAGUGAUGAUGAAUCAUCUUCCAUUGGGACUUCUCCUGCAUCAUCUGACAGUGAUAGUGAGAACUAUGGUGAAGAGGGACUAGAUACUGAUGAAGAAGAUUGGUGGUAA